AUGAAGCACUCCAUUCCAUCGCUUUUCCUUCUUAUUUCUCUCAACGGGGUUUUAGGCGCUACACUUUUACGCGCAGAUGUGGAGUGUGCCACCCAAGUCGCGUCUGCCUUCAACAACGACAUCCUCAAGGAAUUGCAGGAUCACUUAGCUCAUGCUUUAAAUGAAACGUAUCAAAAAGAAUUUGAUGCGGUUGAGGAAAAGCUAAACGCUAUUCUCACAUCGUUUGCUGCUCAAGUCAACGCAUGCAACAAGGACCUUUCUCUUCUGAAGCUUGUUAGCCAAGCAACGUGCUACACUAAAGCAACUACCCAGUUGACUAAACAAAUGGCAACUUUGCUUGUCGAAGUUUGGCGAAAAGACUGGCCCCCAAGUCGCGGGUAUCUCCUUUUCAAUCUCAAGUUAGAUCACUCAAUUCUUAUAGGAUUGAUCCGUGAAGUUUACCCAAAGCAUUGUGCAGUCGAGCAUUCCAAAGCUGCCCUCCAAUCUUCUCAAAUGUGUAACCAACUGAUGAUACACCCAGCAACUAUGGAGUUCAUUUCAUGC